GGACUCGGCUUCGUUUCGUUUCGUUUCACCCACCACCAAAACCCGACUGUCUCGACAAUGCCUCCCGUCCCCUUCCUCCUUUGACAAACUCAAAGGUGUUGAAUGGACGGUCAAUGGCACGAAUAACGCUCUUUCGAUUUCCUAACAAGCUUCGCCGGCGUGUGCGGAGGAACCGAAUGGCCACCCUGCUGGCUCUCCUCGCCCUGGCCGUCCUCCUGGUCGUCCCCUUCUACAUCAUCUACAAACCACCUCCGUUUGUUAUCAACUACUUUGCGCGAAAAUGGCCCGACGUACUAUGGCAGGUCAAGACGGACCAGAAGAUUAUCGGCCUCACGAUUGAUGACGCGCCAUCACAACACACGGCCGAUAUCCUCAACGUCUUGAAGGAGAACGAUGCACAUGCGACCUUUUUCCUCAUUGGAUCUCAGAUGAACGGUCGUGAAGAAGAUACGGGAGCCAUAAUUCAGUCUGGCAGCGAGCUGGGAAAUCACGGCAUGCACGACGAAGCUUCGCGGUCUCUCCCUAUAGAUCAGUUGGAAUCGGACAUAUUCGAGGUCAGGCGGAAGAUCAAGAUUGCAUACGAGUACGAGGAUAAGCCCCUUGUAGCUGGAUAUUUUCGCCCGGGCUCUGGAUUUUUCAGCAACAAGAUGCGGAGGCUGGUCGACAAACUGGGAUACAGGAUGGUUCUGGGGAGUGUUUACCCACACGAUGCCCAGAUCAGUUCUUGGCGGACGAAUGCCAACCACAUUUUGAGCAUGGCACGGCCAGGGGCUAUCAUCAUAUGCCACGACAGAAGGAGCUGGACCGUUCCCAUGCUACGGAAGGUACUUCCGGAGCUGAGGAAACGGGGGUAUAGGAUUCUUAACCUUACGGAGCUACUCAAAGAAGUCGACACAGACAAGUGAGAGACGUUUUGGGAGAGAGACAGCAUCAAUCAUCCAAACCAUGACGAAGAAACCCAGCUGCAACAACGCAUAUACGCAACCCAUGUCUAGAUCUAGACCGCCUCGGUGCUCGUGCACGCAUUCACUCUUCAAAUGAGGGGUAUCAGCGGCUUCGGAGACUGUGUGAUUCCGCAGGUUAGAGCUGGUCUCGACCGCAGCAUGGAGCCGCCGGGGAUGCGGAGCAUCAUGACCGCGCCAUCGUUGCCCAGGCCAAUGCGGUGUAAUACCACGUUGCCCAUAAUAGCUUAAAUAUGACGAGGAGUCUCGCCUCGGGGCCACGGUAUACAAAGGAAUGGGUCGCUGCAUGAUCGAGCGUAACAGGCUCGCUGCUUUGUGGAUUGAUGAGGCAUGGCCCCCCUUCAACAUUCGCUUGUUUCAGUAAGGCGACACAACGAUGUUCUGCGAGACCUGGGUGACACCACGUGAGACAGCAAGGGCUCGGAAGGAGUCGAUUGGGCGAUUCACGACCUCGUCGAAGGGGG